UUUAAGGCAAACAUGACCAGUACUGCGGCGAUCGGUAUAGCUGCAAUUGCUAAAAUAAUUACUGGCUACACAGUCGUACCAAUUUGCCAUCAGCUAGGUUAUCUGUUUCAACACAAACGUAACGUAGGCAACCUGACAACAACAAUCCAGGAUCUGAAUCUUGUGGAAAAAAGGAUACAGGAAUUGGUUGCUUGUGCUACAAGAAAUGGUGAUGAAAUCCAUGAAGAUACCAAGGAGUGGCUAAAGAAAGUAGAUGAAAUCACAAAGCAAGCUGAGACGUUUUUAGAAGAUGAAAUCCAUGCAAAGAUAGGGUGCUGUAGUGUGAGGGGGUUGUUGUUCCUGAAUUUGGUGCCACGGUAUCGACUAAGUAAGAAAGCUAACAAGAUGAGCAUCUCUGCUGUUACAAUCAAAGAGGAGGCAAAGUCUGACAACAUUUCUUACCGUCCCCAUCUCCGAAGUGAUUUUACAAAUAGAAGUUACAUAGAAUUUGAAUCAAGAAAGGAAAUUGUGACUGAAAUUAUGGCGGCACUUGAAGAUGGUAAUGUCCGAAUGAUUGGGGUACAUGGCCUUCCUGGUAUAGGUAAAACCACACUUGUGAAAGAAAUUUCUGCAAGGACGUUAGACAAGAAGCUAUUCAGUGAUUCUGUUCUGGUCACUGUUUCAAAUAUUCCAGAUGUUGAACAGAUUCAAAAAGCAAUUGCAGAAAGGCUAGAUCUCAAACUCGAUAAGGAAACCAUACCUGAAAGGGCACUUUUGCUACAAAAUAGAUUGAAGCUUGAGAAGAAGUUCUUGGUAAUUCUAGACGAUGUUUGGAAUGAACUUAAGCUUGAAGACGUUGGAAUAGUUUUCAGAGGUGACGAGAAAGGAUGCAAGAUAUUAUUAACCUCCAGAUUUGAACGAGUGUUGUCUACUAAAAUGGGUGCUGACAAGAUAUUCCAAGUUGGACUCUUAGAAGAGGCUGAAGCAUUGAACUGGUUCAACCAUUUAGUGGCUAAAUCGGUUGAGAAAGAGUCUGAAUUUCUACAUUUGGGAACUAAAAUUGUUAAUGAAUGUGCAUGUCUUCCAAUUGCCAUUGAAACAAUUGCUGGUACGCUGAAAGAUCGUGAAUUGCCUUUUUGGAGGACUGCCUGGAGACAACUACAGAGAUCUAACCUAGCAGCUAUCGAUGAUGACAUGGAUAAGAAAGUACACUAUCCUAUCGAACUAUGUUAUAAUUAUUUAGGAGAUGAAGAAAGGUUAUUACUUUUGCUUUGUGGUUUGCAUGAAGAAGAUGAAAGCAUAUCAAUAGAGAAUUUGAUGAGAUAUGGUGUGGGAAAGGGCAUGUUUAAAGAUGUUGAUACAUUGCAAAGUGCAAGAGAUACAGUGGAGAGCCUAGUCUUUAAGAUAAAAGAUCGUUCUUUGUUGUUGGAUGGCAACUAUCACCGUACUGUAAAAUUGCACGAUGUCAUCCGUGACGUUGUUAUCUCAAUUGCUAGAAAAAGUUGUAUGCACUCUUUUACAAAUGCUGCUGAGGUAAAUCGGCUUGAAAGGAAAGCUCUUGAAGACUCAAAGGCGAUUUCACUGCCUAAUGGUUAUGUGCCCCAGCUACUUCAUGGAGGGUUGGAAUAUAAACAGCUCGAGUUAAUUUGGAUGUGGCGAAAUAAACCUUCCCAAGUCCCAGAUAAUUUCUUUGAAAAGACAAAAAAGCUUAGAGUUUUACAUCUGUCUUAUUAUUUACAUUUGGAGAAAUUACCUUUGUCUUUGAGUUCUCUGGGAGAUCUCCGCACAUUGCGUUUGCAUGGUCAUCAUCUGGAAGACAUAGCUUUAAUUGGAGAGCUCAAAAACUUGGAAAUUCUUGACCUUUCAUCGUCUGAUAUCAAGGAAUUACCAGCAGGAAUCAGACAACUUACCCGUUUACGCAUGAUGGAUUUGCAUGAUUGUACUCAACUUGAAUUCAUUCAACCCAAUGUCUUAUCAAAUUUGACAUCUUUAGAAGAGUUGUAUGUGGAAAGGAGUUUCAAGAAAUGGGAUGAGCUUCAAGGAGUCAACGGGGACAAAAGAAAUGUCAGUCUUAAUGAGCUAAAACAUUUGGAUAAACUGACCACUUUACAUUUAGAAAUAGUUGACGUCAAGGUGCUGCCAAAAGAUUUAUUCAGUGGGAAAACAUUGGAACAAUAUAAGAUUGCUAUAGGAUGUGAAUUGACAAGCCAGCUCAUUGAAAAUUCUUCAAGAUGUUUGGAACUCAGCCUUUAUGAAAACAGACCAUUUCAAGAGCAUGGUCUUGAAAUGUUGUUGGAGAGCACUCAAAUAUUGGCUUUAAAUGGAAUUGGAUUUAUUGGUGUGGAUAAUAUUGUCUAUGAAUUAGACAAAGCUGGUUUUCCAGAAUUAAAGCUCUUUCAAUUGAAAAAUAAUCGGAUGGUCCACUGCUUGAUUAACUCGAUGGAGCAAAAUCAUCCUUGUAGUGUGUUUGGCAGCUUGGAAAUAUUGCACCUUAGCAAUUUGAAAAAUCUCGAGAAGAUAUGUGAUGGGGAACUCACAAAAGAAUCAUUUAAAAGAUUGAGAAUCAUAGAAGUACAAAAUUGUGACAGAUUGCAGAAUCUUCUGCCAUUCUCCAUCAGCAAGCUGGAGGAAAUUGAAAUAAGAAAUUGCAACAUGAUGGAGGAGAUCAUAGUUUCUCAUGAAGAAGGAGACAACAGCAAGGAAGUUAUUGGAAAUUUUCCUAAAUUGUGCUUCUUGAGGUUGAUAAAGGUUCCAAGGCUUAAAAGUUUCUGCUCCAAAUUGAAUACAGCUAAUACGUCUGAAAAGGGAAAGCAGCCAGUGGAUGUAGAUCCUGUCAUGACUCUGUUCAGUGGGAAGUUGGUUUUUGUCCCCAUUUUGAAGGAAUUGGAGUUGUCCAAUUGCAAUGAUUUAACAAGAAUAUGGGAUCAUCAGAUUCUACCAAGCUGUUCUUCCUCUUUUCUCAACUUAAGAAAAUUGCUCGUAAAGGACUGCGGUUCUCUGGAAUAUCUAUUUUCAUCUGCUAUGGCAACUAGUUUUGUGCAACUUAGAUUCCUUGAGAUACGUGGUUGUGGGGCUAUGAAAGAAAUUCUGAGAAAUAGUGAAAAGAUGGACAAGAUGUCGUUUCCCAAGCUAGAUUUUCUUCAGAUUUAUGGUCUUCGACACCUCGAAGCGUUCUCCUCUGAAAUUUACAUCGACUUUCCAGUUUUAACUACACUUUCCAUACGGUACUGCCCUGAAUUUACGACUUUCGUUUCCAAGUCUGAAGUUGAAAAGCUGCCUUGUCUAUUCAACGAACAGGUUGCCUUCCCCAGCUUGCAGUCUGUGACCAUUAGAGGCAUGAAUAAAUCGAAGAUAAUAGCAAAUAAUGCAGACGUAUUUGGCAAUUUGGAAGAGGUAGAGGUUCGUAACUGCAACAAUCUAAUGAAGAUAUUUACAUCUAGUAUGCAGAGAUCACUCAGAAGUCUAAGAAGGUUGGACAUAAGUAGUUGCGAAAUGGUGGAAGAGGUAUUCGAAAUCCAAACGUCGAGUGUUGAAGAAAUUACACAAGACACAGUACCCUCUCAGUUGAUUUCUUUGAGUUUGAGCCGUUUACGAAAACUGGAGUAUGUGUGGGGCAAAGAUCCUCGAGGAACUCUUACCUUCACACAUCUUGAGGAUGUUGCAGUUUUCGACUGUCCAAGUCUGAAAUCAAUAUUUCCACUUUCCAUUGCCAAAGGUCUUUUGAAACUUCGAAAUCUACAUCUUUCUCAUUGUGGGAUACAACAAAUUGUUGAAGCUGUGGGGACUAAUGCACCAGUACCGCCUGAGUUUGUUUUCCCUCAAUUGCAAGAAAUGAAUUUGACCCAUUUGGAAAAUCUGGUGUGUUUCUAUCCAGGACUGCACACCUCAAGUUGGCCUUCAUUGACAAGUCUAAUUGUGGAGAAAUGUGACAAAGUGAAGGUUUUGGCAUCAGAAUUGUCCAGCUUUCAAGAAAAUCAUGUGCUUCAUUAUCAUGAUAGUAGUCCAAUCCAACAACCGUUAAUUUUCACCAAGUUUGAUCCUUUUCCCAAUUUAGAGAAGUUGGAACUGUCGAAAUGCAAUUUGGAGAAGAUAUGGGAUGGCGAGCUUCAGCCAAAUUCUCGUUCUUUUCGCAAGCUAACAAGUUUGCACGUGGAAUGUUGUGGAUUUCUGAAAUAUCUAUUUUCUUCGGCUGAAGCAGCCAAUUUUGAACAACUUUGUGCUCUUGAGAUAAAAGAUUGCAUGAUGAUGGAAGAAAUAAUGAGUAAGAAUGAAAAGGUGGAUGAGGUGCAAUUCAAUAAACUAAGUCGUCUCAACUUAAAAAAUCUUCCAAACCUCAUCUCAUUCUCAUCUGAAGUUUUCGUUGAGUUUCCAUUGUUAACUGAAAUUUCCAUUAACAAUGAAGAUUGCCCUAAGUUUAAGACUUUUGUUUCCAAAUUGGAAGGGAAGGAUUGAACCACAAUGACAUCUCUAUUCUGACAAGUGACAAGGUAGUAUUCCCCAGCAUGCAAAAAUGUCGAAAUUAAAGGCUUGGUUGAAUUGAAGAUGACAUGGAAUACAAACUGCUGAUUCCUUUUCCAAAUUGGAAGAUGUGAAAGUUCAAAAUUGCAAUAAUCUAGUGAGGAUAUUUCCAUCUACCAUGCAGAGAAGACUCCACAAUAUAAAGAGGUUGGAAAUAAGUCAUUGUGAGAUGGUAGAAGAGGUAUUUGAAAUCCAAAUGCCAAAGGUUGAAGGAACUUACAAUAUAAUACCCUCUGAGUCUGAGUUGAUUCAUUUGAGUUUAGAAAGUUUAUUAAAACUCAAGCAUGUGAAAUGGUACAAGUGGUAUCUGAAACCAAACGUCGAAUGAUGAAGAAACACAAAGUUGCAAAGUAAUACCAAAAUCUAGAUGUAAUUUUUCUUUUUUUCUUUUUCUUUUUUUUGGGGUAAUAUCUAUAUGUACAUAUGUAGUUGGGAAAAUAUGAUAAACAGAUUACAUUAAUUUCGCAUUUCAUAAAGUAUUUUUAAAGAAUUCUUCAAAUAUGCAAAAAUUUCAUAAAGUAUUUUUAAAGAAUUCUUCAAAUAUUCAAACAUGAAUUAAAAUACCAUAAUAGAAGUGAAUAGACCAAAUAUUUAAUCUAACUGACAAGCCUACACCUUGUAAACUAAUAAUUAGUUAAAAAUAAGAAAGGUUCCAAAUUAGAAUAGGUGCUCUCUCUAAAGCUUCAAAAUUAUGUUUUAACAUUUGAAUCCCAUAUAUUCAGAGGUCCCAAAUAAAGGCUCCAAAUUAGACUAGGUGCUCUAUCUAAGCUUCAAAAUUUUGCCCUAAUAUUUGAAUUUGAUACAUUUAGAGGUCCCAAAUAAAAAUGAAAAUGCAUCAAAGUUAGAGAUCUAAUCAUCAUAAACCAAUUCAAUAGACCUAUAAACAGCAAUAUUUAGAAUAGAAAAUUGGACUAAAACAUAUUAUAAAUCUCCAGUGCAAGCAAAUAUAAAACUAAAAAUAAAAAUGAAAAUUGAAAGAAGCAUUCAAUGCUUAGAUCUUAAUGUAAAGCAUUCUGAGACUAGAUUUGUAAAACAUUCCAAGAUUCAUCCACUAGAUUCGCUUGAUUGGAUAAAAUAACUUUUUAAAAAUGUUGUCAUAUCCCAGUAUUUGAUAUUCAGGGGUGUGUACCACUAGAAUUCACGGCAGUGACCCAAAAAGACAGCCACAUGACAUCACAAAAAUAUUGUUGUCCUAAUUAAAACUGCCUGUACCUCUAACAUUAUUUCACAUGAUUUCAAAUCUCCUAAAUGAAAAUUAAAGUUUAUCCUUCUUUCUUUUUUUUUUUUUUUUUUUUUUUGGCUUUCAACUCCAACUCAAAUAAUAACCUUUCCAUCAUCAUUCAUCAUUAUCAAUGUCCAAUUCAUCUGAAGAAAAAAUAUAACUAUACUUACUGUCCCUUCCUUGAUUAGAAUACCAUACGACCCAGGUCCAAGAUCAAAAAUUUAAUAAACAAAGGGAUUAAUUACAUUACACACCUUCAAGGUUUUUUUCAAUUACAAAAAAAUACCCUGAUGUAUGUGAUAAUUGCAAAUCAGUCCCUGCCGUUACCACAUUAGUGUUAAAGUUGACGAAGAAGGGGCAUAAUAGUCAUUUGACACAACUGUGAUCUCUAAAACUUUGCCACUGCCAUUCCAUAUGUCAGAUGCUUGGUAAAAUCGCAAAACCGAAACCAGCAGUAUGUAGAGUAAUUUUGGAGGGAAAAAAGGAAGGGAUUUCCCUCCAUUACUUUGUACACUAAUCACAUUUUCUUUAUUGAUGAAAGGAAAAUUCUGUGGAUUGUUCAAGCAUUGGAAAUACAGAGGUGAUGCAAAAUAUGCUCUUAUUUUAACCUUAAUGUGCCACCUUUUUCCCUCCAAAAUUACUCUACAUACUGAUGGGUUCGGUUUUUGCGAUUUUACCAAGCAUCUAACAUAUGGUAUGGCAGUGGCAGAGUUUUACAGAUCACAGUUGUGUCAAAUGACUAUUAUGCCCCUCCUUCAUCAACUUUAACACCAAUGUGGUAACGACAGGGACUGAUUUGCAAUUAUCACAUAUAUAAGGGUAUCUGGUUGUAAUUAAAGAAAACUUCGAGAGUGUGCAGUGUAAUUAACCCUAAAUGAAAAACAAGUAUUCUGUUCUUUUGGAAUAAACCUUUUGUUUGAACUCCCCCAAAUAUGCUUCUUAGAAAAUUAAAAAAAAAAAAAUCUUCAAAUACAUAACAUCAAUGAAAUAUUGACAUCAGUUCCAUACUCCCAAAUCUGUUUUAACACCCUAAUGCAAAGCCUACCAUUUCUUCACAAGGUUCGGAGUUGGAAUCCUGCACCUCUAAAAUAAAAAACGUAUUUAAUGUCUUUAAAUUUUAUGAAUCUAUACUUAAACUUUCCCAUUGUAGAAAAGCCCACUUCUUUCACCUUUCUUUUUUCCUACCAAAAAAAAAAAAAAAAAUCCCACAUAUCCCUAUGUUGCUGUUUGCUAACAUGUUCAGGUUUUGUUUUAUUAUCUAAUUAGCUAGAUAGGCAUUAAAUUAAACACGUUAACAAAUGGCACCUAAUAGUUGUGUUUUAAAAAUUCCUUUCCCAGUUACUUUGAUUGACCCAAAGUUUUGUAAUCUGAAAAUUUAAGAAAAGGAUUAUUAAAAAUAUUUCUACAUGGAUAAGUACAUAUUCUAAAAUGUUUCCCAGCCGCGCAUUUUCCCAACAAAGCUCCUUAGUUUUCAGAGAUAGAAAUCCCCAUGACAUUAUGAAUCUCAAUAACGUACAGAAACAUAAAUACGAAUGCUCUAAAAGAUACAUCACCGUUGAACAAUGUGGCUACUCCUUCAAUCU